AUGGGAAAGAAUAAACGAAAGGCGUUUGGGGCCAAGAACAAGGAUGGCCAGAAGAAAACCAAUCCUUUCGACCUCAAGUUUACGAUCCAGAAACGUCAGGUAUGUGGUUACUCGUUGGUUUUUUUGUUCUUAGAUUCUUUUUGGAUACUGGUUCUAUUCUUCUGUGCAAUACCCGGAUUGAAAUGGUAUUUUCAGAUUAUUGGAACAGCCAAAUCCGCUACCGGAGCUCCAUUGGUUACCAAGAAGAAGGCCUUUGAGCAAAGAAAGAAGACGUUGGGUGGAGAACUCAGGAACUUGGGAAAGAAGAAUCAGGUAAAGUUUUUUACAUUGUUUAUGUCUACAAAAUUUAUCUAGCAACAUUUUUAUCUUAGAUAAAAGAUCGACGUAUUGGUCAACGGAAUGCGAAUUUGACUGUCGCGGAAAAAGCGGAAAAGCGGUUCGUUGCUCAAAGAAAACAAUUGUUUGCCAAGAGCAACAAGUAUUUACUGAGUGAUAACAAGGAGGACGACCUCCAACACUUGUCCAAGAAAUUAACGGAGACCGAGAAAUUCCAACGACAAGGUCUGAACAAAGAAGAUGAUGAGAUCGAUGACCGACUGUUUACUGCCGCUCACUUUGGUGGUGGUAAUAUUGUGAAUACUAAAAGGGAUAAAGAAGGAAAGAAGUUGACUCGGUAAGUGCCUUCUUCUUUUUGUUUUGUCGGUUUAGGUAACAAUCUCAUGUAUCGAUUGCUUCAGGAAAGAAAUGCUUGAACAGAUCAUCCAACAAAGCAAAGAAGCCAAGGCCAUUAAGAGCAAAGAAAGGGAAUUACAAUUUGAGACGUGGAAAAAGCUGGAUGAGCAGUUUAAAGAGGUCAGAGAAUCCGGAGAACUUCAAUUUGGACGGGUUCAAGAAGCCGAUGAUGACGAUUAUAUGGAACUUUAUUUGAAACUGCAAAAUGAUCCAAAGAGGGCUGUUGCGCUUGACCCGAAGAAAGACCCAAAAUUAUCAGCGGAAUAUGAGGCAAAGAGAAUUGAAAAGGCGGAGAAUGAAAGACUAAAUAGGAUGAAUGAGAUGGAUGAUAAUUAUAUCCCUCAUGAAUCUGUAGAUGAUGAGAGAAAAAAGGCCAAAAAGCAGAAGAAAGUUCAGUUUGAACUUAUUUAUGAUAAGGACGGAAAACUGAAGGUGGAUCAAGAAAAUGAAACGCUGAAACCCGAGAAGAGGGUCGUUAAGAGUGCUGAUGACGACGAGAUGGGAUAUGAAUUUGAUUCGGAUAACGAAUAUGAUCAGCUCAUUGAAGGCGAAGAUGUGGAUGAUGAGGACUUGGAAGACGAGGAGGAGGAGGAAGAAGAUGAGGAAGGAGAGGAUGCCGAUUCAAUCUUGGAUGGUGAGUUCAUUUUUUUAUUGGUUGUUUAUGUUUUUAGAAGAAGAGGCGGAUAGUGAAAUGGAAGAAGAGGCAGAUGAAGAAGUAGAAGAAGAUGCCGAAAGAAAAGGAAAAGUGAAAGUUCCAGCUUCGGAAGAGCAGUUAGAGCAAGUAUUUGAUGAGCUGCCAGUAACAGAAUGGGUCUCUCAUUUCAAUCAAAUCAUCAAAGAGAACAAUCCAAAGAAAUCGGAUCUGAAUAAAGCGAAGUUGGGCAAACUGUGUGGAUGGACGAUCGAGUUGUUCAUCAAGAAGUCUGAACAAGCGACAAAAGCCAAUGAAACGUCCAAAGCAUUGACGGAAAUUAUAUGCAAUCUGGCCAAGGUAAAGACUGCAAUGAUUUUGUUUUGUUGUACAUGGUAUAACCAUUGAUUUGAUUGUUUCAGAACUCCCCGAAGGAAUGUGCUGAACGUUGCAGAGAUAUUGUUGGAGAUCUCUACUCCACCCUGAAGGCUGAAAAAAGAUCGGGACAACAUCAUUUCUUCGUCCUCGCCUUCAUUAGACUGAUCCGGACCUUGUUCACAGUAUCCGAUCGAGUCCAUUCGGUCUGUCUCCCGACCAUGGUCAUCGCAUCAGACGUUGUUUCCAAGACCAGGAUAUACGAACCAUUGGACUGCGCAAAGGUUUUGCUGUUCGUGGAUGAAUUGGCCACAUGGUUUGAGGAGUCAAAACGGUAAGGAUUUAUAGUUGAUAUCAGAAUAGAUGUUUACUGAUUUGAUGCCCGUCAAUGUUCCCGUUAGUUGGCGAAAAGUUGCCGACUGACGUUUUAUUAGACGGGAAAUUGAGUUUACAGUAAAUGAGUAGAUUUAUCCGACUUUGAAAUGGGUUUCGAGUUGUUUAUCUGAAGCUGUUACACUUUAAAAAAAAAUUUUUUUUAAAACUUUUUGCUGGAGAUGUCAAUAUGGGUAAUUUUUAUGUUGUAGGUAUUGCCCAGAAGUCCUAAAUUUUCUCUUGGGAACACUAAUUUUGGCCUCAAAAUCGCCCGCACAGUUCCCCAACGGAGGAUUUCCGAUAUCAGAACCCUAUCGAUCGAUGCUUCAUAUAAACUCUAAGGUAAGUUUUGGCUGUUGAUAAAAUUUUUAUUGUUUUAUAGAGCAAACUGAAGACGAUCCCUCCCAUUUCGAUCAAUGCCGUAUUCUCCGCCGCUGAUUCGGCCGAGCUGAAUCAAUCCACAAGGACAUUGGACUUGCAGACUGUCCGAUUGGCUGUAAGAUUGACCAAGUUCUUCGCGGAAUUGUAUUCGGGUCUUACGGAUGUAUAUGCAGUGUUGUUUAGGUAUGUGGAAACGAUUGUCAUUUGAAGAUUUGAAUUUCAGGCCGUUUUUGAAAUUGGUGAAAGAAUUGCCUGUUCAAAAUUAUCCGAAAGUGCUGACAGAUGAAGUGAAAGAGCUUGAAGAAAUCUUGAAUUGUAAUGUGGACAAGUUCUCUGAAGUCCGACAGCUAACUCAUGCUGUUUCGAAGAAAAUCAAGUAGGGGUUUUUGUUGGUUUUUAUAUUAGACUAGAGGGGUGAUGGGUAAUAUUGUUUUUGGUGAGUUUAUGGUAUUUUUGCUUGGUUUCAGGAUGAUUGAUAUGCUUGAACCUCGAAUUGAAGAGCACUUCAAUGCCAAACAUCCAACCCACAAGCGAUCAGACCCGAAGGCCACCGAGAAACGAUUGACCAAAAAGGUGAAAAAGGAAACGAGAAGUGCCAUCAAGGACCUCAGAAUGGACGCCAAAUACUUGGCUGGAGAACAACAACGACAAUUGAAGGAAGUCAGCGAGGAAAGAAAGGAAAAGACAAAGCGAAUCCUGGCUUCACUUCAAGGACAAGAAUCAGAAUAUCAGAAGAGGAAGAAGACGAAAAAUUAG